CGGGCGGAGGUCCAGGUGGUCGAGUCUGCGUAAAAACGCACCAAACAUUCACCGAACUCCUGCGAAAGCAGCAGCGAGCGUCUCUCAAAAAGAAAAGAGAAGCUUCUGGAGCCUCGAUGGAGGAAUAAUCCGUGUUUCCAGAGGAAGAACCUGCGGGAUUUGCUGCUGGAGAAACAAUCAAAUAACGAGCGGAGCGCUGCGAAGAGGAACGGGACAGACCGGGACCGAAGUGCUCCACAGGCUGAACUUUACGCUUUGUUUUUGACAAAUCAAUUUAUUUUCCUAAGAACAAGACGGCGUGUUCCGGCGACCCGUGGAGAUAUGUUUAAGAGAAGCAAGAGUAAAGUGCUGGUGGAUUAUGCGUCAGAGGAAGAGGACAUGUCCUGGCACUAUCAUCACUCCUACAAGGACAAAGAUAUUACAGGAGAGGAAGAGGAGGAGGAAGCUGUCAUUGAUGUGUCCAAGGAGGACAAGGUGAAGAAGACCAUGUCCAAGAAGGAGAGGAGGGAGAAGAAGAUGUUCUCCUCUAAAGAUGACGAGCACUUCUUGUUGACGGGAGUGAAACUGGCCGACCGCAGAGGGUCUCACAAGAAAAUCAAAGACGAUGAGAAGGAUAAAGAAAAGAAGGACAAGCCGGAGAAGGGCCACUGUUUCUGGGAGAGCGUCACCAUGACCAUGAGGCAGAUCUCGCCCACCAAGAAGCUGGAGAAGAUGGAGGGCUGGGAGCCACCUCAGCUGGAGGACUUAAACGAGACCACGACCGAUGACGCCCCGGAGGACAAGAGCCCGGAUGGGGACUCGCUGUCGCCUCAACCCGAGGCUCCAGGCCUUCAGUUGGACCUGGCCUCCUGGGGGGGGCAGGGCCUGGAAGAGGACUCCUCCCGCUACGCUAACCUGUCGGACUCCAGGGAUUCGACAGCGGCUGUCACGUGGACGUCUCGUGCCAAGGUCAAGCUGGCCGGCAUCAGCAGGAUGAGCAGAGGGAUCGUGUCGGACAUCGCGUGGGAGGGGUUUAAAUAGUAGCCCUUUAAACCUAUGAUACCCCCUCUGUCCUUCAACACUGGCGUGAUGAGGAUGAAGACCUGAACCAAAUAUCUGCUCGUCUUCGUAGUCUUUAAACUUAACAGGUGCUAACUGAUGUUGAGCUGCUGUCCUGUGGUAAAGACCUGCGCAUGAACCAUGAAGAUUGACUUUGGUAUUUUAGCUUUAAAGUCAAUGAAGACAGCAUGUUACUUUUAUCAAUGGGCUCUUUCUUGUGAAAGUUUUGAAUCACUGGUAUAAAUUGUAUAGUAAAACAAAUGAACGCCUUAAAAUGCCUGACCUGUAGAUAUGUGAUUUAAAAAGUGAUUUUCAUGUCAUUUUUUGUGGCUGUUUUUUAUUUUAGUAUUAGAGAACUGAUGAAGAAUAUGCAAUCCUACUCCAGAUUUUAUAAAGUUAGAAAUGGUUCUGUUCUUUCAUGGCUAUGCUGUUACAGAAUGUGAGGUUGAAGCCUUAACUUAUGCAUCAAUACUGAGUUGUGCAAUUUCUGGCAUACUGGUGUGUGUUUGUAACUGUUGCUGUGUGUGUUGUUGUGUGUGAGAGUGAGAGUUAGAGGUAAAGGAAGAUAAAGACAGAAGCCAGAUUCAGACAUGAGUUCCAUUAAAUGUCAGGAAAAAUUGGUUCUGGACAUUUUACAGUUUGGUUUUUAUAUAUUUAUAGAACACAGCUGGAGAUUGUCCGAGUCAGACACGUUCACAACAACAGGGAACUGCUGCAGAAAUCACAUUUUUGUUUCCAGCGCAUCGCCUCUGGCGUCGGCUCUUGAAUCUCAUCGUGUUUCCAAGUUGACAUCUUAUUCUGCAUCUUUGUAUCAGAUCUGUUUCGAUUCUUCAGUUUUGUGUCAGUCACAUUUUGCAGACAUUUUACCUGGAGGCAAAAGUUCUGGAAAUAUUAUCCAGAGCAACCGACUCGGACAUUAGCGUUCUCUCCCACGGGCCCUCUGGGAAGAUGGCAGGAAAAUGUGUCAGUGCAUGUCUGAAAACAGCUACAGACACUUUGUCACAGUCGUUUUAGUGAAUCACAGGUGACGCUGCUGUUGUUGAAACGCUGCGUUCAUAUUUCAUUUAUGAUAAAUAUGAAUUUCUUGUCAAUAGCACUCACAGAAAAACAAACAAAUAUAUAGUGCCUCGCAUCUUUGAAAUAAACUGUUUUAUAGUUACUUUGUCAAUGCAUAGUAUUUUGAUAAUCAAUUGAUUUAUCAUAUUAGUUAGAGAAUAAAAUCAAAGCAACCUACACUGUGUCAUAGAUGGAGACAUGAAUGAUGAAGCUGAAUACUUUUUUCAUGAUGUCAGUCAGAUGACCUCAUGUGUUUUUGCUGUAAAUUGAAACCAGAUCUUCCUCUGAGCAGGAACCUGUUGAGCUCUUCACAAAACGCGCACAGAUGCAGGCGAGGCAGCCCACUUUGUUCCUGUGCUGCAUCGCUUUGACCAGCAGGGGGAGCCGCAGUUAUUGUGUAUUAUAGACAGGCUGGUUCACUCUUAAAUAAUCAGUAUAUUGUGUAGGACUGAGACAAUGAGGAGUGAUUUCCUUUCUGCUACAGUAAAGUUUCUUUUAACUGAAUAAGGAACUUAAAAAAAAUCAUUGUUUGCUGUUUACUGAAUUUGUUUGAUACUGAAAUCUGCUUCAACACAGCUGUAGGUCCACUUCACUGGAUUCCUGUAUCCUUCAUUUAUUCACCUACAGGCUGGGUUAUAUUUUCUCAGAGCAGAAUAAAGCUGCAUUCUCACCGUCUGUCUCUACUUUCUCUGCACUUUGCAGCUCAGAGUAACUACAUGGCUUCACUUACUUGGAGUUCCUAAUUUUGUUUAAACUUCUUAUCCACUCUUUGAGGUAAAUUUAAAAUAUAAAAACAUUAAAAUAAAUGGCAUUUCUGUGUUCAAUGACAAUAUUUACAAAUUUUUUUGGACGAUGUAUCCACGAGGGCAGACAAAAUCUUUAUCCAGUACACAAAAACAUCUUCUAGCAUCCCAAUAGAAAAAGUAGAGCAAAAGCAGGUUUUUAGAAAUAUUUAAUUGUUAUUUCACCUAAUUCCCUUCCCAUAAAAGUCAUGAUAGUACCACAAAGAGAAAUGUAACAGUCAAGGAAUAUUACAAAAGUUGGAGGAAGGAUAUAAAUAACUUCUGACAUUUUCUUUGCCUGCCACAUUGGACAGUUUUCUGACAGUUUUGAUAAAAGUAGUUAAGCUGUAUAAAUAUUUCCGCGGCUAUUUUCACGUUAUUUUCUUUUCAUGUUGAUGCCACCAUGUAGGUCUACUCAGAACUCACCAAGAAUUCACAAAGGACAACGUUCAGUAUGUAAACAGAGACUCACACACGACAUGCAUUCAGUUAUUGCAACAAAUACCCCAAACCCACAACAUAGCAAAACGCAGAAAGACAAUAAAUAAACCAUCGACAUGAGACAUCUUAUUCUGCCACUUUUUAAAUGAUUAUCUUUUCUAUGUAGAAAAC